AUGGUUGAUUGUAUCACCCAAGCUUGGCAGGUGACAUCCACCAAGAAGAACAUCCUAUCGGCAUGGGAGACGCUGCCAAUCAACUACACUGCCAUUGCAGAGGCAGCCAAGAACCCAACAAACAAUGAUGUGGCUGUGAUCAACUCAACAUCAAUGGAGUUGGUCCUGGCGGGUCCAAAAUCAGGUGGGAUCAUCCCUAUGUCGGCCCAGCGUAAGGUUGGCGUGCAUAUCAACUCACGGCAAGCAGUUGCUACAUUCAUGUUCACAGAGGCUAAGAAGAAAAGGGGAAGACCUCCAAAGAAUGUCACCAACAACCUAGUCUUGAUCCAAAACAAUCAGACCAACAAUAUUGUCCAGAACAACCUGAUUGUCGCUCCCGGCGCAACAGUUCCUGCUACAUCUCCCGGACAGGAUAUGUUGCCACCCCCAUCGUCCACAAUCAAGCCCAAGAGGAAAUAUACAAAGAGGGCUAAGUCUGAUACCCUCCAGAUUACCAGAGCAGCCAAGAUUACUCAAUUGGAAUAG